AUGUCGGCGGUUAUUCGAAUGGGUACCCGCGGGGGAAGACCUUCGACAUCUCUCCUCACAGGUGUAUACCAACCGCGCGGCACAACCCCAACCAACCGCCGACGAACCCAAUCCCUCGUGCGCAUCGGCGUCGUAGCGGCCGUCCUCUUCUUCCUCGCCCUCUACGUCUUCGCCCGCGGCGGAGGCGACGGCUCCUCCUCCUCCUCGUCGUCGUCGGUGCUCUCGAUCUUCUCGCUCGGCCUCCUCUCGUCGGGCGGCGCCGACUUCGAGCUCGAGACGGUGCGGUACCACGACCUGUCCAACGUGCAGGGCACGGCGCGCGGCUGGGAGCGCGAGGAGCGCAUCCUGGUCUGCGUGCCCCUCCGCGACGCCGAGGCCCACCUGUCCAUGUUCUUUUCGCACCUCAAGAACUUGACCUAUCCGCAUAACUUGCUCGACCUCGCGUUUCUGGUGUCGGAUUCUAAGGAUAAUACGAUGGGCGUGCUGGUCAAGAACUUGGAGGAUAUUCAGGCGGCGGAGGAGGAGGAGAUGCAUUUUGGGGAGAUCUCGAUUAUUGAGAAGGACUUUGGCCAGGUGGUGAACCAGGAUGUGGAGAGUCGCCACGGGUUUGCUGCGCAGGCCGGGAGGAGAAAGCUUAUGGCCAGGGCGAGAAAUUGGUUGUUGACGGCGGCGCUGCGACCGUACCAUUCGUGGGUGUACUGGCGUGAUGUCGAUGUUGAGACGGCGCCGUUUACGAUUUUGGAGGAUCUCAUGCGGCAUAACAAGGACGUCAUCGUCCCGAAUGUGUGGCGUCCAUUGCCGGAAUGGCUAGGUGGAGAGCAACCGUACGAUCUGAAUUCGUGGCAGGAGUCUGACACAGCCCUGACGCUCGCCGAUACGCUCGAUGAGGAUGCUGUUAUUGUGGAGGGCUAUGCCGAGUAUGCCACUUACCGGCCGCAUUUGGCGUACCUUCGAGACCCCUACGGCGACCCCGACGUGGAGAUGGAGCUUGAUGGCGUUGGUGGUGUGAGUAUCUUGGCCAAGGCCAAGGUAUUUCGCUAUGGCGUCCAUUUCCCGGCAUUUAGCUUCGAGAAGCAUGCUGAGACCGAGGGGUUUGGCAAGAUGGCGCGAAAGAUGGACCUCUCCGUCAUCGGACUGCCUCACUACACCAUCUGGCACGCGUAUGAGCCCAGUGUGGACGAUAUCAAGCACAUGGAGCAAAUGAAGCGGGAGCAACUUGCCCAGGAGGAGGCAGAGAAGGAGAAGGCGGAGAAGGCUAAGAAACUGAAAGAGUCAUUCGGCGAUGCCACCGGACAAUGGGAGAGGGACAAGGUGGAAAUGCAGAACAUUGUUACUCAGGAGAAAAAGAAGGAAGCCGCCGCCGCCGCCGCCGCUGCCAAUGACAAAGCUGGCUCUGAUGCCCCGGGAGGCAAGGUGGUAGAGAAGGUCGUUGCGAGAUAA